AUUUGAUAUAUCUAAAGGCAGCUUAGUGUGAUCAAAUCCAUUAUAUUAGUGAAUUCAUCCAUGGCCUCCAAGAUUCCCACCAUAGAUUUUUGCAAGCCAGACUUGAAACCAGGUACUGCACAAUGGGACUCAACAAAAGCUCAAGUCUUCCAAGCCUUGAAAGAGUAUGGUUGCUUUGAAGCAAUAUAUGAUAAGAUCCCAAAGGAAAUUGGAGAAGCCAUGUUUGAUACUUUAAAAGAAAUAUUCCCAUUGGAGUGCAAACUGAGAGAAUAUCUAGAUAAACCCUUUGCUCGGUACCAAGACCUACUUCCACACACACCAUUCAAUGACAUUAGGCGCACUGCUGAUUUACUCCUCCCUGAAAGUGUUGAAACCUUUGUCAAUACCUUUUGGCCUGAUGGCAAUCCUCAUAAUAGCAAUGUGGUAAAUACCUACUCAAAGUCACUGAUGGAAUUGGAUGAAAUGCUGAAAAGGAUGAUUUUGGAGAGUCUGGGGCUUAAAAAUUACAUUGAUGAAUUCUUGGCUCAAAACUCUUUUUUAUUGCGGCUUAUAAAUUACAAGAAGGAAGUUCCACAAGGUGAAGAUGUGAAUAAACCAAGAUUGAUUGGCCACACAGACACUGGCUUCCUGACCAUAGUGAAACAAGAUCAAGCUGGAUUGCAAGUUCAGAUGAAAAAUGGAGACUGGAUUGAGCCCAAUGUUUCCCCUAAUUCCUUUGUCGUUUUAGUUGCGGAUUCAUUGAUGGCAUGGACAAAUGGUCAACUAUCGUCUGCUUUCCACAGAGUAAAAAUGGCUGGCGACAUUGAUAGGUUCUCCAUUAUGUUAUUUGCAUCGCCAAAACCAGGUUGCAUCGUAGAGGCCCCAAAAGAACUAGUGGAUGAAGAACACCCGAUGCUUUUCAAGCCCUAUGACAUCGUUGGAUACUAUAAACAUGUUAUAUCCGGAUUUGGUUACGGAUCUCUAGGUUACGGAGCUAGAGAUCUUCUCAAGGCUUAUUGUGGUGUUUGA